GCCCAGACAUACUGCUACCAAGGCAUCCUGACCACCACCGCCAGCAUCGGCGCAGGUAGCAGUGAUAGCGACCCCAGCAGCCCCAGGCCAAAUUGCUUCUCAGUAUCGUCUUCCCCGUCGCCGUCCGGACGAGGUGGGACCUAUUUCACCCGCGUGUUCCACCACUCCGAUUCCGACUCCGAGGAUCGCCUGGAAAUCCGUCCUGGUUACGCCAUUCCGGGCCUGUGGGACGGCCACGGCCAUCUGAUGCAGUACGGCGAGUUCCUGCACUCGGCCGACCUGUUUGGCGCCGACUCGUCCGACGAGGUCCGCCGCCGCCUGGUCGAGUAUCUGGAACAGAACCCGGCCGCGGGCUCCAGGGACAACUGGGCCAGAGGGGUCGGAUGGGACCAGAUGCUUCUGGGCGGGAUGCCCUUUGCUGCAGGUGAUUUCCUUGAUAUGCUUGAGCAAGAUGAGCGGCUGAAGGGCAGGUAUUUCAUGCUCGACCGCGUUGAUGUCCAUUGUACCUGGGUCUCGAGGGCCGUGCUGGAUCUGUUAUCCCCCGACGACCUGCCCGAGGAUGUCCCCGGCGGGGAAAUCGUGCGGGACCCCGGGAUGGGCGUGUUUUGCGACAACGCCAUGGACCUGGUCACGGCGCUGUGGCCGAGGCCCGGCAAGGAGAGGAAAAAGGAGUUCGUCAAGUCGGCCAUGAGGGAGCUGCACAAGGUCGGCCUCGUCGGCAUGCACGAUGCUGGUGCGCUGCCGGGUACGAUUGCCUUGUACGACGAAAUGAGCCGAACUGAGACCGAGGACUGGACGCUCAGGGUCUACGCCAUGCUCGAGUGCGACGAGCGGAAUACCUUUUGCUCUGGCGAUGCAGUCAAGGUUGAGCAUGAUGACGGGAUGUUCUCGGUUCGGAGCGUGAAGUUGUUUGCGGACGGCGCCCUGGGAAGCUGGGGCAGCGCCAUGAUCGAGCCCUACACCGACCGGCCUGAUACAACCGGCUCGCUGCUGGUCAAUGCAUCCACCCUCACAUCCCUCGCCAGAUCCUGGGCAGCCGCCGGUUUCCAAGUCAACAUCCACGCCAUAGGCGACCUCGCCAACCGCCUCGCCAUCGACGCGCUCGAAGCCGCCUUGGUAGACCUCUGCCCGCACGAGAAAGGAGAUCUCUCAGCCUGCCAGUCCCGUCAUCGCUUCCGCAUCGAGCACGCCCAAAUCAUCCACCCAGACGAUCAGAAGCGCAUGCACGCCAUCGGAAUCAUCCCCUCCAUCCAGCCUACCCACGCCACCUCGGACAUGGCCUACGCCGAACUGCGCCUUGGUGACGAGAGAAUUCGCACAGAGGCCUACCGCAUGCGCUCACUGUUGGACAUCGGCUCGGUGCUUGGAAGUGAUUUUCCCGUGGAACCGCCCAAUCCAUUCGAGGGAGUGUAUGCAGCCGUCACGAGGAAGAAUCCGCAUACUGGGAUUGGCCCGCCGGGACAUGAGGCCGGGUGGCACGUCGAGGAGGCGCUUACUGUGCAGCAGGCUCUAGAUGGGUUUACCAGGGGUGCUGCAUGGGGAGCCUUUCUAGAGGGCAAGGCUGGGGUCAUUGCGGAAGGGGCGUUUGCGGAUUGGGUGGUGCUGGACUACGAUAUUGAGGCUGUUGAGGAAGAGGAUCUGAGGCACUUGACGGUGAGGGAGACGUGGGUGGGGGGGAAGAAAGUGUAUGAAAGGGCGGACCAAUCGAGAAGGAAAGGGGGAGCAGACGUCCAGGAGGAUUUGUAACUGAGUGAUUGUUAAGAAGAGCGUCGUCUUGCGUUCAGACCAUUGACGAGCGUUAGAACAGCGGAAC